UGUUCCCUUAAUGAAGAGAUCAAAGUGCCUUUGCUAUUAGUUUCCCGGCUGUGCAGCAGUGGCACAACCCUCCGUCGCUGCCCUGCUCUCUUCCCAGUGCGGAUUUACUUGUUGCUGCUUGGUGGAUUUGGAGCAGGGGACUUGGGUCUUUAGAUCUGAUCGCCUUCCUUUGCCGUCUCCCUCUGAAGCAACCACCUGUGCACAGCAGCCCCCUCUUGCCGAGAGGGCUCGAUGAGGCAAGCACCGGGCAGAGCCAUCUGAGGUUGGGGAGAGAGAAAUCUGAGCUCCCCCCUGGCUCUCCCCCACCUCUCUUCCCUCCCAGCUCCUUGCCAGAGGAAGGGUGUUUAGAGGGCAUCUCCCGUCCACCUAAAUCUAUGAUCAGCUCAGUGUGUGUUUCAUCGUACCGUGGGCGUAAGUCUGGGAACAAACCACCCUCCAAAACAUGCCUGAAGGAGGAGAUGGGCAAGGGGGAAGAGUCGGACAAAAUCACCAUCAAUGUAGGGGGGACCAGGCAUGAGACUUACAAGAGCACCCUGCGCACCCUGCCCGGCACCCGUCUGGCAUGGCUGGCUGACCCCGAUGCCCAGAGCAACUUUGACUUUGAUGGCAAGAGCAACGAGUUCUUCUUUGACCGCCACCCCGGCAUCUUCUCCUACGUGCUCAACUACUACCGCACGGGCAAGCUGCACUGUCCUGCUGACAUCUGCGGGCCCCUCUUUGAGGAGGAGCUGACCUACUGGGGCAUCGACGAGACCGACGUAGAGCCCUGCUGCUGGAUGACCUACCGCCAGCACCGGGAUGCUGAGGAGGCGCUGGACAUCUUUGAGAGCCCUGAGCCUGGGGGAGGAGCAGGGGGAGAGGAGCCUGAGGAGGAAGGGGGCAGGGACAUGACCCUCCAGCGCCUGGGCAUGGAUGACAGGCCACCAGGGGCUGCUGGAGCUGCAGGAGGGGGAGGAUGCUGUCGCAGUUGGCAGCCCAAGAUGUGGGCGCUCUUCGAAGACCCCUACUCAUCCCGAGCGGCAAGGGUAGUUGCCUUUGCCUCGCUUUUCUUCAUCCUGGUUUCCAUUACGACCUUCUGCCUGGAGACACAUGAGGCCUUUAACAUAGACGUCAACGUGACUGAAACACUGGUGGUUGGCAAUACCACUACAAUCCUGCUGACACGCAAGGUGGAGACGGAGCCCAUCUUGACCUACAUUGAGGGAGUCUGUGUCCUGUGGUUCACCCUGGAGUUCCUGGUACGCAUUAUUUGCUGCCCAGAUAAGCUGGUCUUCAUCAAGAACCUACUCAACAUCAUUGAUUUUGUGGCCAUCUUGCCCUUCUAUCUGGAGGUAGGCCUCAGCGGCCUGUCCUCCAAAGCUGCAAGGGACGUGCUGGGCUUCCUGAGGGUGGUCCGUUUCGUCCGGAUCCUUAGGAUCUUCAAGUUGACACGACACUUUGUGGGGCUUCGGGUGCUAGGCCACACACUCCGGGCUAGUACCAACGAGUUCCUGCUGCUCAUCAUCUUCCUGGCCCUAGGGGUCUUGAUCUUCGCUACCAUGAUCUACUAUGCCGAGAGGAUUGGGGCCAAGUCAUCGGACCCCAGAGGAGGUGAUACGCACUUUAAGAACAUCCCCAUUGGGUUCUGGUGGGCAGUCGUCACCAUGACAACACUGGGAUAUGGUGACAUGUACCCCAAGACCUGGUCAGGCAUGGUGGUGGGGGCACUGUGCGCGCUCGCUGGGGUGCUCACUAUUGCCAUGCCAGUGCCCGUCAUCGUUAAUAACUUUGGAAUGUAUUACUCACUGGCUAUGGCCAAGCAAAAGCUUCCAAAGAAGAAGAAAAAGCAUAUACCCCGUCCAGCCCCACUGGACUCCCCCGCCUACUGCAAGUCUGAGGAUAACUCGCCCCGCAGCAGCACACAGAGCGACACUUGCCCCCUGGCAACAGAGGAGGUGGCAGAGAGGAAACGAGCAGACUCCAAGCAGAACGGCGAUGCCAAUGUGGUGCUGUCAGAUGAAGAGCAGCCCCUGUCACCAUCCAACGAGGAGAAAAAGCCCAUGAGACGCUCCAGCACCAGAGACAAGAACAAGAAAGCGGCUACAUGCUUUUUGCUGACUGCUGGGGACUUCUCCUGUGCAGCUGAUGGUGGCAUCCGGAAAGGACUCUUGAACCCCCCGUGACUCUCAUGGAAGCUGGGAUUUGCUCAGACUAUUUCCUGUUGUAAAUGUACACAGGGCAGAGGGGUGGGAGGGGGGAGUCACUCUCCGUGCUGUAACCCAACUUGUUGUGCAUGUGUUGUACAAUAGUCUGUCUGAUGUGUACCAUGAUCCCCCACAUUGCCAAUGCCAUUAUGGACACCUGUGCUGUACUGUUCCAGU